AUGCCAAUGUCAAUGCAAUCGAAAUCAUCAUCAUCAUCAUCAUCAUCCAUAACGAAAUCGAAUUUGAACUUGGACUUGAAAUCUUCACAAUCAUCAUUGAAUUCAUCUCAAUCCGAAAGUCGAGCGAACGAUUCGGAAGAGUCGGCGAACGCUCAGAACGCUCAGAACGCUCAGAACGCUCAGAACGCUCAGAACGCUCAGAACGCUCAAAAUGCGGAGAAUCCGAGCGAAAAGGAGCGGAGUUGGGAGGAGACGCAGGGCGGAGAGACGGAGCCCACGCACGAUUUUGAGAGCGAUAAUCGCAUCGAAGAAAUCGUGUUUCCGAUUCCGGCAAUCCAUGCCGAUCUUUCGAGAAUCCGCGAAUUGGAGCAGCAGAUUCGAGCGAAGGACGGCAAGAUCGCCGCGUUGGAGAGCUCGCUGGAACGCGUGAAGCGCGACGCAGAAAGCGGGGCGAACGAGCUGAUGGACUUGAAGAUGAAAUUGGACGAAAUGGAGAAGAGAGAGGAGCAAACGAGGCGCUUGGCGAACGACCUGCGCGAAUUGCAAUUGAAAUACAACGAGAUGGUGGACGAAUACAAUGCGGUCGUGGAGGAAGUGCGAAACACGAGGGACGAUCGAGAUCUGUAUAAACAGCAGCUCAAGCAGGUGCUGGACAUUCUGCAGGGGGAGAAGGCGUAAGCAAACUGUACUUUUACGAUGUGAUGUGAUGCGUUGUGUAAUUAAUUUGAUGUCU